CUUUCGUUCUCUUUCAUCCUCGACAUUCCUUCUCGAAGCAGGUAGUCAGUUUCACUCUUUCAACUGCUCACCUUGCUGUCCAUUCUUUCUCCAAACCUGACCCGGGCCCCGUUUCUCGCUAUCGAGAAAACAACCGACGACAGACGAAUCCCACGAUCCACUACCGACCGAUAUAUUCCCUCUUUCUAAAUAAACCAAUAAUCACGGAGUGCCUGAAGUAGUUAUCAGAAUUGAUCACAACUUGCUGAAACAUCGACCCUGUUUCAUUCCAAGCGUGCAUUCCGAACGUGGCUACAGCAACAUCGUCGAUCAUUGAACCUACCUCAUCACACGCAGAACGGCACCAUUCCCAUACACACAAUUCCAUCACUGCUUUGAGCACAAAACUUGGAACUUUUGGAACCCUUCGCAAAAAUGAACCAAAUAAUGCACCAAUUUUUUGCGAGGGAUGACGCCAAGGAUGACGGCUUAUCUGAGUCCAUGGUCGAUCUGCUGAUCUCGCUGUUGGUUCUUGUCCUGCUGGGUAUUGUCCUGAUUUGCACCCUCCUCGUUCUUCGACGCAGGCGGUUGAAUCGGCAGCAGUCCGAAUUACCCGUACAUAAUGGUCAAUGCUCGACGCAUCAUCGCAGCGUCACCAUCUCUGCGCCGCCAUACGCAAAAACCGAGUCUGUGUUUGUUAUCGAUGAGAAGCGCAACCUGAUGGAGAACUCGUCCAGCCCACCACCCAGCCCCGUACCCGAGAUCCGCAUCACAUUUCCUGAGGAAGAGGAUGAGUCUGGAAAGCGCAAGUCCGGCAGAGUUGUGGUAGUAAGGAUAAGUGAAGCCGGUAGCGUUGGCCUUGAGCCGUACAAUGACCAACUUCCACCAUAUCAGUCAACCGAUGCAGACCGCUUCCAGUCCCUGGACAUCGAACGAAUGGGUGGAUUGAAAGAGAAGGAUGACACGAAGCGCUGGGGAUAAGUCUAACAACCAGCAAACCCCACCCGCCAUAGCCCAACAGUUGCGUCACUUGACUAUGUUCAUCUUCCUUCUUCAAACUUCCAUGAUCAGCGCUAAGCACGACUCCACCCCGACAAAAUUCUGCUUCGUUCUUGUUGUAUAUCCCGCCCUCCUGUUCCACCGUGCAUAUGCGACUCGCAAUCCGCAGCAUCCAGCUCGAUUACUUCAUAUUAAAACCAGCUUUGCCUGAACGCCCUCAUCCCCCUUUCUGUUUGCCUGGUUGCGGGUGCCGGCUCCAGUAACUAGUGAGGCGGACGGACAUUCGAGUUGCCUCGUCGAAUAUUGUGGGAUCUGGCUUUUACUAUUUUGAUUUUACCUUCGGCGUUCGAUUCUCGUGCUUUGUCACUCGUCCUCUCCGCCCUGCCACGUCCCUAGGGUUGGAGAGAGGUUACGUUCUGCUUUCCGUUGAGGCUUUCUUACCAUUCUUCUACGCUGCUCACCCAGUGUUCUUUCUACUAUUUUUUGUCACUACUUUACCCUUACCUUCUCGGUCUCCUUACCGGUGACUUGCAGCUGGAUAAUGUAUGUACUUAGUCAAAGCUUUACAUUGGACGGCCGCCCUGCAGGCGUGAGCGUCGAUGAAUGUAUCUACUGGCCUUCGAGGGCUAUAUGAUAUCGC